AUGAAAGGAAUUUUCUCAUCACUAAGAAGAUGGUACUCAUCUGGAAAAAAAAAAAAAAGAGCCAACCCCGUAAUUUUAAUUUCGAACAAUCGUAAUAUUCAUUUUAACUUAUCGUUAGAAAUAUUUCUAUUAAAUAAUUAUAAUGAUCUGUUAAAAUAUUUAAAUGUAAAUACAAUUGAGAAAUUUAAUGAACCUGUUUUAUUUUUAUGGAGAAACAACAAAUCCAUAAUUAUAGGAAAAAAUCAAAAUAUAUGGAGUGAAUGUGAUUUAAAAAAUAUAAAAAAAGACGAUGUGUUAGUAGCUCGACGAUUUACAGGUGGUGGUGCAGUGUACCAUGAUUUAGGUAAUGUAUGUUUUACAUUUUUAAAUAAUAAUGUAAAUACAUCAAAUAAUUUCUCCAUAAUAGUAAAUACGUUAAAAAAUCAUUUUAAUAUUAAUGCUAAGAUACAAGGAAGAAAUGACAUAACAGUAAAUAACCUCAAAUGUUCAGGAUCAGCUUUUAAAAAAGUAAGAGGUGUUUUUUUACACCAUGGGACGAUAUUAGUAAAUUUAGAAAAAAAUGUUUUAAGUAAAUAUUUAACACCAGAUAAAAUGAAAUAUUUAAAGCACGGAGUAAAUAGUGUUAGUGCUCGAACAGUCAACUUGAAAGAAAUUAAUGAGAAUAUCACAUGCGAAAAUUUGAGUAUAGCGUUAAUCAAGGAAUUCAACGCUUUUUAUGGAAAUUACUGCAAUGAAAAAAAUAGUAAUCAGAAUGGACAAAACUAUGAUUAUUAUUGGGAGAAGGGUGAAAAGACGGAUAAGGAUAUGCAGGAGAAAUCUCACCUUAUUAGCAAUAAAGCAAAGGAUUCAAUAACAGUAGAAAUAAAAGAAAACAACGUGGAUGAAAACAUGCGAAAUGAUAGUAGUAUUCAAGUUAGUAAAGACAAUAUAUAUAAUUUAAUUAACAGUUCAUUCAUAACCCCAAACAAUUUUAACAUUCAUUAUAUAGACACAAAUGAUAAUAUCACAAAAAAUCCGGAGUUUCUUAAAUAUUAUAAUUUGUUAAAAGAUUGGGACUGGUGUUAUGGGAAAACACCAAAAUUUCAAAAUAAACUUUGUAAACAAUUUAAUUUUGGAAAAGUGGAAAUAUGUUUUAAUGUAUACAACGGGGUUAUAAAAGAUGGCAACAUUUUUUCAGACUCAUUAGAUGUCAAUUUAAUUGAUCAACUUAAAUCUAUUUUUAAUAAGGAUAUUAAGUAUUCAAAAGAAAAUAUUAACAUCUUUUUGCAAAAUUUACAAGUAGAAAAUAAAGACUCACUGGCGGAAAUUACCCCGUGGAUUUUACAAGAACUGUGA